AUGCCUCGGUGUAUAGGAUCAUUUUUUGCUGCAUUGAAACUGUUAAUGAGUAUAUACCAGAUUGAAAAACAUUUUGUCGUUUGAAAAGUAUAAACCAUAAACGAUGAGACUAAAUGGAUUUAUGGGUAGAAUUAUAUUAGCGUUGCAAAUUUAGAGUUCUUUCUGGAACAGCUUAUAUUAUCUUGAGCUUCUUGUGCGGAUGCCAAUCCCAGGAAUACUUAUCUUAACCCUUCCGGUAAACUUUUAUGGCUCAUCUUACGAUUUUCAAGUUUUUUCUUGGUCAUGAAGCAACUCUCUUUCACUAGCGACAUCCCUGAAGAAACAUUUGCUAAAUGCUGAAGUCGUCGGCUUAUCAGCAAGAACACUGGAUCCUUUUAAUCUAAUUUUACCUUGUUGAAAUGCAUUGGUGUGAGAAUCGUGUGAUAGUUUAAGCCGCGAACUCUUAAUUUUCAAUGCUAAUAAACUUCUACCUAUAAAUACAUUUAAUAGGUCUCAUAAACUCAUUGUUUAUNAAUGCUGAAGUCGUCGGCUUAUCAGCAAGAACACUGGAUCCUUUUAAUCUAAUUUUACCUUGUUGAAAUGCAUUGGUGUGAGAAUCGUGUGAUAGUUUAAGCCGCGAACUCUUAAUUUUCAAUGCUAAUAAACUUCUACCUAUAAAUACAUUUAAUAGGUCUCAUAAACUCAUUGUUUAUAAUUUGCAAUGGACAGAGUUUUUUCAAACAGGUGUAUACAAUGUUGCCAUACCACUUAAUAUAUACUGUUUUGUUAGCCUCAAACCCUCUCAAAUUGUUGAAUUAAAACAAAUAAGCCUCUUUAUCAUAAGACAAAUCCGACAUAAAGUUUUGAUGACUCUUUUGGGGGUUUAACAAGCAUUCUAAUGCGAAGAAUGGAGCAUUAAGAUUGAGCAUUUUAAGAGAAAACAAAAACAGAAGGUGAAAAAAGCUUUUAAAAUUAUUUAGGAGAGCCCAUUAGUCAUUUGUCAGCGGGUGUGCUUACCAAUAAUUACACGAAACAUGCAGUUGAAAACGUUGGGUUGAAAAGGCAAUCUUAGACGCUUUUAAGAGUCAAGUUGUGCACAAACACCGCACAGAAUAACAUAAGAACACCGCAAACGGCAUUGACAUUACCCGGAAAUUUCUAAAUACCGCAAACUGCUUGAUUUUCUAAAACCGCACUACCGCAAAUAAAAAUAAAAAUUUUUCGAAAAACCGCACUAAAAAUCGAGCAAAACCGCAUCACUGCAAACCCUUACGCACUCCUCGGUGCUUAAUCUCACCACCAGAAUGAUUUUAAGCAAGGGAGCUUUUUCAACUUGACAUUUUCUGAAUAUUCCAAGAAACCAAUCUCAUAAUAAUUCACAAUGUAUUUUUCUGUGACGUCAUCACCUCUUUAUGCGGAAAAAGAUAUACUUUACAGGGUGGAGUGAUACUUCUCUUGUCAAAAGUUUUAGAGGGUAUAAAAUUCAAGUCACAGGUGGCCAUAUUGAACCUUGAAAGCGUGGGAUUAAGUUGAGCCUAUUAGAAGGUGCGUAUUAAAGAAUAUGCAGAGAAAGCAUUGACAAAAGGGUUAUCAUGUUUUAUUAAUGCUAACUGGUGUGAACAUUUGGCUUCAUUGGUGUUUAUAAUUAAUAACUUAUAAGACUUCACACAGCUUUAAACACUGCAGUUUAGACGCAACGAUUUGUGAAAUUUCGCGCAGUCGACGUUGCUAGUUUCGUUCAGUUUGUGGAUAAAUGGAAUUCUCACCAAAGUCGAAUGAACAAACUCAAACUUUCCCGUGCUUCUUCUUUAGCGAGAUCAACUUGGACAAAACGGACGAAGGAGUUUUUACAGCAAAUUUCUUAACGUGUAUCAUAAACGUGCUGUUUUCUGUGAUAACAUGUACUGGGAAUCUGUUAGUCCUUCUUGCAAUUGGAAAAACGCGAUGUCUCCACACGCCAUCUUACGUCCUUCUGGGUUGCCUGGCAGCUUCUGAUCUUCUUGUUGGCCUGAUAUGCCAGCCAUUGUUCGUGGCUUCAAAAAUAGCCGAGCUUAUGAAUAAUUUUAGUCUGCAUUGUACGUUGAGAAUGCUCUUGUCUACAUCAAGUUGGAUAACAUCAGGUGCAUCUUUAGCCACUAUGGUUAUCGUGUCGGUGGACCGCCUUCUUGUUUUAACACUUCAUCUACGAUACAACAGUUUUGUCACGGUUCCACGUAUUUUUCAAACCGUUUUGUGUGUCUGGAUCUGUUCUAUAACCUUUGCAUUAUUGAGAUUUCCUUUGAGAAAUAGAUGGUAUUUUAUUAUGAUUGCAACCUUUCUUCUUGGUUUUCUUGUUUUGUCGAUCAGCACCUACAAAAUAUUUCACAUCGUCCGACGGCACCAACGUCAGAUAAGAGAUCAAAACAUGGCCUUUCGCCCAGCUGAACUAAACACAGUGAAUGUCUUCAAAUGUAGAAGAUCUGCCGUGACGGUAAUUUAUGUUUACGGCCUUUCGAUGAUACUCUGUAUACCUCAUUUUGUAACAAUAAUUGUCGCAACUCUUAAUGGCUACUCGACAACAAUACAGAUUGCUUACACGUAUGUAUAUACUGUUAUUUACAUCAACUCUUUUUUGAAUCCAUUUGUGUACUGCUGGAGAAAUAGGGAAAUCAGAAGAGCUGUGAAGAAUAUCAUAAGAAGGGAACCAUAUGAUUAA